GUGAGUUGAUACUUUUCCAUUUGCUUCUCACUAACGAUAACCAAAAGGUUGUUUAAUCUUCUAAAAAAAAUUCUAUUCUCUUUUACGAACUUUGUUUACCUGUCAGUAUCGUUCUUCUGUCCAAACAUUAACCCUUCUCAUCUAAUCAUCUAAUCAUCACCUUCUCCUGUGAACUAAUUAAAUACUACAACAAUUACAAUCGUCAUUCAGAGUAAAUCAUUGAAACAAUUUAAAUGGAUCACCAAUGUAACCAAGUUUAAGUGUAUAAACCAAAAGGAAUCCAAACAAAAGCAACAACAAUUUACCAACAAUCAGCUUAAUUGUAGAAGAGGAAGAAAAAAACAAUCAUCAUAAUCAAUAUUUCACCUCAAACAACAAGAGUCAAUGAAAAGCUCCAACUAUUUACAAACAACAUCACAAUCACAAUCAGAUAUUAAUAGUAGUCAGUUGAAAUUAACUAAUUGUUAAUUUUCAAGUGAAAGUGAAAAGAGGUAAAUAACAAAAUGGUUACGACGUUAAUUGUGAAAAUGGCGGCGGUUGGUGUGUAAUAGCAACACAGAAACACUCAGACAAUCAACAACAUUAUCAACAGAAUCAGAAUUUAAUGCUUCUGAAAGCGUAACAGUUAAUUGAAUCAAUUUAAUAAUAAUAAUAAUCGUGUUAGUUAAAUAUCAAUCAACACCAGUUAAGCUCAUGAAGAAGCAAAAUGAACGUCAAUAAGUUACCCUGAUUAACUGAUUUCUGUUCAAAUUGUGUGAAAAACCAAAACAAAAACAACAACAAUCAAGUUAAAUUGAUAAGCCUAAAGAUGUCAAGGACUUUACAUCAUCAUCAUUAUCAUCAGCGGCCAUUUUACAGAAUAAGAAACAAGACAAUCUAAUCAACAGCAUUUACAGUCCAACAAUUAACCAUCGUCAUUAUUAUUAACCGUCACCAUCAAUUGCUGUUAGUCAGUUACAUUGGAAGCGCUUUCUCCUUGUCACCCUAAUCAUCAACAUCUUCUUAAUAGUCUAGUUUAAUUCCCACUCUCUCACUCUCUCUCUCUCUCUCUCUCUCUCUCUCUCGUGCUCUUUCUCUCUCUCUCUCUUUCCCUCCUUCAAUUUUUCUUUCUUGGUUUUAUUAAUCUAAGAAUCAUCUUCUACUUUCCAACAAUUUCAAUGAAUUAUGAUUCUGAUUGUUAGCAUUUCCCUAUCAACUGAAUCAACUAAUCAUUAUCAUCGUAUUGAUAAUCAAAUUGUGAUUAAUUUUCAACGUGAUGUGUUUUCAUCAACCACCAAUGUCGCAUCUCUAUUAUCAUUAUCAUCAUUUAAAGUUUCAUCAUUUCGUUCAUCAUCGUUAUUACACCAACGAUUAAUAAUAUUAUUAAUCAUUCUAAUUAUCAAGUUAACGGCAACAAUUAACCAAACAUCAUCUUAUAUCUCACAAGAAAUAAUAUCAAUGUCAAAUUUGAUGAUUACUAACAAUGGAUCCAAGGAUUAUCCGAUUGAUACUAAAACGAUUUCAACUAAUCAACGGUUAAUUGUGUAAUGUUGUUGUUGUUUCAUCCUUGGACGUGAUUGUGAUUAAAAACAAUUAACCCGGUAAAUAUCAUGAUCAACAAUCAACAACAAUUCACAAAGAAAAUCAUAUUAACCAUAAUUGCAAUGAGAAACAAAUUGUAAUACUGUAAGUGUGUUAAUCGCUGAUAAUCAUACUCACUCUCUCUCUCUCUAAUUGUGUGCCAUUGGAUUAAUUUCCUAAAUUUAAUUUACUAUUUUUAAUUGAAAUAUCAUCAUCAUCAAUUCAUCUUCCAUCAUCUUUGCAAAAAAAAUCAGUGAAUUGCAAACAAAAGCAACAAACAAUUUAUCUAUUUAGCAAAUUAACUGCAAUUAUCUGAGCAAAAUCAAGAUUAAUUGUUGACAAUCUCGUACUAAUUGCUGGAAUAACUUUUAUAUACAUCAUUACAAUCAACUCUUUUUACUCUUUUUUGCUUAAUUGUUAACAAGUUAUGUACAAAUUACGACAAUUUCUUGGUAACUUAACUUGGUCCACAAAUAAUCAGCUGAUCCCUUUUUUAAUUAUACUCAUAAUUAGCCUUGCAAUCAACAUUUCAUCAGUUAAUUGUGGUAAAUUGUCAUCACCAUCACCAGCAACUGUAAUAACAACAAUAUCACCACCAACGACAUUUGCAACAAUCAACUCUAACCAACAACAAUUGCAACAAUUUAACAAUUUUUCAUCACCAUCAUCUCAAAGGCAAUUAAACCUUAAUCAAAACUCAACAAUUAAAUUAGAAUCGGAUAUUUGUGAAAUCUGUUAUUGUAAUAAGGAUUCACUUACUUGCCAGAAAGACAAUCGACUUAAAUCAUUUCCAAUACUGUUAAAUGAAACUAAACGAGCAGCAAUUAAAGAAAUAAUCAUUGAAAAUCAAGCAAAUUUAACACGAUUAGGAAAAAAGGAAUUAAAUUAUUACCCAAGUAUAACCACAUUAACGAUAUCUAAUUGUGGAUUAGCUGUUAUUGAAGAAAAUGCAUUUAAAAGUAACAAGAAAUUAGAAAAAAUUGAUCUCAGAUUGAAUAGAUUACAAGUCUUGCCUUGGAUGGUUUUUGAUCAAACAAAUUUACCAACUAUUAUCAUGACUGGCAAUCCAUUGGCAUGCAAUUGUAGCAAUAAGUGGAUCCAGUUGAAUAUGAUGGACGGAGGGUCAAACCUUGGACCUUAUUGGGAUCAGAUCACUUGUAUUCAUCGGAAUGGUUCAAAUCAGAAUCUCUUACAAGCUUCAAUUGAUGAUUGUGAGCUGCCCAAAGUAACUGUGGAUCCUAAAACAAUUAAUAUCAACGAGACUCAAUCAAUUACAAUUACUUGUAAUGUAACUGGUUCACCAGUUCCAAGGGUUUUCUGGAGAAUCGAUGAUUCCUUCUCAAGGAUUUCCUCGUCUUUCCUUAAAUCACAAUUAGAAUCACCUGGAACUGGAUUAACUUUAACCAAUGUCUCCGAUCCAAUUAAUUUAAAUCGACCCUAUUCCUUAAUCACAAUUGCUAAUCCCAAAGAGGCAAAUGUAUUGAUCAUUGAAAACAUAACCGGACCCGAUAUUGGGUCAAUUAAAUGUAUUGGUGAAAAUAUGGUUGGUCGAGUUCAAGAUGAAUCAACAAUUCAAAUUGCAGGUAAACCUCGUAUCGAAACGUUUGAAUCUCAAGCUAAAUUUCAUCUGUGUCUUAAUUAUCGGAUCACUGGUGUACCGAAAUUAAAACGAUUGUGGUUCUUCAAUGGCAAACAAUUAAAGUUUAACGAUGAAAUUAAAGAUCUCGAGAUAAGAUCACCUAAAAAUCCUCAUCUAAUGUCAGGUUGUCUAGAAAUUCAAACAACAGGAACAAAAAUACUUGGUAAUUACACUUUGGUUGCAGUUAAUUCCUAUGGUGAGGAUAACAGGACAUUAUCAGUUGAUGCAACUGCAGCUGGUUUACCCAAAAAUCCGAAGCUCAUUCAAGUGCCUAAACCAAUUCCACCUCAGGAACGGGUCUUCAAUCAGAAUCGUGGUUCCGAUGGAAACGUUUACUCAAUUGUCAUAUUGAUUGGAUCCCUUGGUGGAGCUCUUAUUCUCUCUUCUAUCAUAAUAUUAUCAAUAAUCCAUCGUAAAAAUGACAGAAUUAAUAAGAAUGAAACACUCGAGAUUGCCAUACGUGAGAAGAUACCUUUGAAUGCUUCUAAAAUGAUUCGAAAUCCAAAUUAUUCACCAACAAAGGAUUCUCUCUAUUCUGAUUCAGGAUUAAGGUUAAUCCAAAGGAGUCGAAUAAAUUUCCUACGUGAAUUGGGUGAAGGUGCUUUUGGUCGGGUUUUUCUUGGUACAGUUGAAUCUCUUAAACCCGACGAAGACUCAACUUUAGCAGCGAUUAAAACACUUAAAGAUUCGAGUGAGCCUGAAGUACGAAAAGACUUCGAACGGGAAGCCGAAGUUCUAUCCAAUUUAACUCACACUAAUAUCGUUCAAUUUUAUGGAAUUUCGAUUGACGGUGAACCCUUAAUGAUGGUCAUCGAAUAUAUGAAAUUCGGUGAUCUAAACAAUUACCUGAGAGCCAAAGAUUGGUCCAACAAUUUGAUCAAAAUAUCGGAAUCGGAAAUGUCCACAUUCGAUAAACUUACCUACUCUGAUCUACUUAAAAUAUCCGUUCAAAUCGCUGCAGGCCUUGAAUAUCUAUCGUUACAACAUUUUGUCCAUCGUGAUCUGGCCACUCGAAACUGUUUAGUCGGUGACCAAUUGCUGGUUAAAAUCGGUGAUUUCGGCAUGUCCAGGGAUCUCUAUGCAACUGAUUAUUACAAGAUUGGACGUCAAACCAUGUUACCAAUAAGGUGGAUGUCUCCAGAAAGUAUUGUCUACAGAAAGUUCACCGUUCAAUCUGAUAUAUGGUCUUUUGGUGUAGUCCUAUGGGAGAUAUUCACCUAUGGAAAGCAGCCUUUCUAUGAAUUAUCUAAUCAAGAAGUGAUUAAGGAAGUUGUCGAAGGUAAAAUAUUGGCCCAACCGGAAGACUGUCCCAAUAUUAUUUACGAACUCAUGUCCAAUUGUUGGGUUGAAUCGCCGUUCAAACGGAUAACUGCCAGUGAGGUUCAUUCGCGUCUUCGAGAGAUUGUCAAAGAAGAAGCUCUUUUAAUUGAUGAUAAAUCAAUCGUUGAUUCUCAUAUAAUGAGGUGAAUAAAUUGUUACAUUGACAAUUAGAGAAAGAGAGAGAGAGAGAGAGUAGACAAUUAACUCGGUGAGACAACUGUAAACCUAUCACAUUGAUUACAUCUCGAAUAACGGUUAAUCAACGAUGGUACUUUUUUCUUAAAGCAAUAACAAUUCUGAUUGUUGAUAAUUAUCAUGAUUACUAUUUAGAAAUGGUUGAUAAUUGUGUUGUUUUUGCUCUGGAAAUGAUUAACUUAUUAAUUUCGACACUUUUGGAAUUCAUGUCACCAAGUGGCAACUUUUCUGUUCACCAGUUCGAGGAAAUUGAUCAUAAAUCUUAAAUGACAAUCGACAGUUAAUCAAGAUGAUAAUCCUCACCUUCUAAUCAUUUAAAUCCGAAAUCAAAUGAGACUGGAACCAUAAGCGAUCCCGAUGAAGGAAUCUAAUCAAUAUUAAUACCAAUCGAAGUGCAAAGGAUUAAGUUAAUCACUCAAUUUAAUUUGGACGAAAAUAGAUGAGACGAAUUAUGAAAGAAAAUUAAAAUUAUCCCAAACACUAAUCUCACCAACGAAAUCAAAGAAAUGGACAAACAAUCAAGAAAAUCAAUCGUUUCUCUCAAAGAAUCAAACUAAUUGAUUUCGUCAAUUCUUUUCAUCUUCAUCUUUUCCGGGAUAAAUUUACUCUCUCUUUCUUCAUCUUCAUCUUCAUCUCUUUGGUUGUCAUCAUCUUCUACUUCCUUAUCCUCUUUUUCAACACCAUUUUUUACUCAUCAACAAUCAACUUUGUCACAUUGAUUAUCUCUCUGUGAUUGACCAGUUGAAACACUCAAAGAUUGUGUUAGAAACUCAAUUGACUCAAGUUCUUGUUGAAAGAUUUUCAUGAAAAAGGAAAAUGAAUUGAACAUUGAAUCAAUUGUUUCGUUCAGUAAAAAGCUCAAUGAAUGAGAUUCAUCUUCUAGUCUCUAAUCAUCAUUAUCGAUAAUCUUUUUAUAUGUUUCUCUUCAUAAGUAAAUGAUGAAGAUCAUUGAUGGUUAUCAUCUUUCUCUCUCAUCAUCAUCCUAUUUCUGUAUUUAUCUCACUCAUCUUGGACUCGAUUCUUCAAUGUUAUUGAAUAUUAUUCAUCAAUGUCGAUCAUAAAUGAUGAUGAUUGAAAGAGAUGAUAAACUUACCUAAUUGAUGAUCUUCCUUUCAUUGUUAACUCGUAUUCUUCAAUAUUAUCAUUAGUUUCAUCUGAAUUAUUGAUUAACCUGAAUAAUCAAAUAUAAGGAGACAAGAUGAGAAAUGUUUCCAAGAAAAGUUUUAAUACUUUUGAAUAAACAACUUUUUUUUCUUCCAUUAAUUAGUUAAUUGUUCAGGAAGAAGAUUAGAAAGAGAUUUCGUUAUCAUCAUUAACUUUUCCCUUCUAAUGUAAUAACUUUAUUAAAAUCAAUUCUUCUCUCAAACAAUCAUUUAAUUGUAAACUAUUUUAUCACCCAUUCUGCAGAAUCAUAAUUCUAUCAUUAAGUUAAUCAUUGUAAUUAAUAUUUAUCAUCAUCUUCUGUGGAGCCAAAGUUAAUGUUAAAUUUGCUCAGAAUUGAAAAGUUAUAUCAACUUGGAAUUGUUAAUUAGCGACAUCAACUCUUGUAAAUUAUUCACCAAAGGAAAAUAACAAUUAUCAUCAACAAUUAAUUCUAUGAUAACAAUUGUAAUAAUAAUCAUCGAAUCAGAUUAAAUGGUAAAUUGUACAACAAUUAAGAAUUAAUUUUCGACCAAAAAUUUGAAGAAACAUAAAUAAAUAAACUAAGUCGAUCUCUUCA